AUGAAAGGAGUUGUGAUAGUCAUGUUGGCAAUGUUAGCCAUGGUUCAGUUCUUGGUGCAACCAAGUGAAGCUCUUUCUUGUACUGAUGUUGAUCUUCUGCUUGGACCAUGUCUAAACUACCUGAAGUUUGGUGGAACACCACCUCAAGAUUGCUGCAAAGGGUUGGAGAGGCUUGAGGCUACGGUCACUACUCAGGUUGAUAGACAAGCGGCUUGCAAUUGUUGUAAAAUUGCUGCAAGAACAUUUCAGAUUAGGGAGGAUACUGCUUCUAAACUCCCUGACAUAUGUGGGGUCAAAAUUAGCAUCCAUAUAGAUCCCAAUGUCGAUUGUUCCACAGUUUCUUUAUAUCAGAGUUACAAGUGA